AUGCUUGGACAAACGGAAGUUUUCCAAGCACCAAAGUUAUGGUGUUACGGUGCUGUUCAGCAGUUUAAGCUGCUGAUUUUUGCCACACAGCUCUGGUUUGAUCCACCCUGCUGUGAUCAAGCAGAAAUAGGCAUCCUAGCUGACCAUCACCCCUACCACCACCACCACCACCGAUAUACAACGAUCCUCCCGAUUAUCCUCGCACCGAUCCCAACCAAAACAUCAAUACAAGAGGGUAUCCAAUUGAAUUUGUGCGAUCCAAACGGCGCUUCAAGGACCCCUGGUUUAGGCCAACCAAUGCAUUUAAACAGUGACUGCAGGCUUCACAAGUCUUGACUCAGGCCGAUAACCCAGAAAUUGAAUUGGCGAUUCGACAAACGAUCACACAUGUUAUGAUGGUCGAUCUUUGCUCCGACACUGUUCACAUUGAGAUCCAUAUAAAAUCUUGCUUUUAGGGCACAACUAACUUCCCUGGAUUGAUUGUUUUGCAUUAUCACCUCAGUAGUCUAUCACAAAAACCUCAAAUAACCAUCGUUCAACUUAUCGGUGUGAUCUUUGACUCAAAGUUUCAGUUUAUCUCUCUUGCUUUCCAUGGUUUGAAUUUUGCUGCUUAUCUGAUCCUUGAACGAACAAAAAAAAUUAGUGUAACCAGGAAAUCAGAGUGUCUGUCUUUAUCUAAAAAUCUUGUAACAAAAAAGACUUUGAAUUCAC